AUGGCCUCAUCGGAAGCACAACAUGCCUCAGGGCUGCAAAGCCCGGCUUUCCGGAAGACUUCGAACGUCGCAGAGUCCGGCAACAACCGCGAUGGCGAUGGCACAAAUCUGGAAGAAGUCUGGAUGGGCCUUGCGCUAAGCAUAUGCGAUGAAAGCGACUACGCGAUUGGCUUCGCCCUCCACGAUGGGACAUAUUGUAUCGACUUCAAGGUCGACCGCCUGAAAUGGGAGUCAUCUUCAGAGGACAAGGCCGCACAUAUCACCGAGCACAUCAUCCAGAGCGUCGACGAUUAUCGAAAGGAGCAUCUCGUUAAGAUAAUCGGAACCGGCGUCGAACUAGAGCUCGAUCGCGCCGCUCCUGAUCUCUGCUCGCAGCUGUGGCACGUGCUGGACAUUGUACCUACUCUACAUCAAGCUGCACUGCCGGAAGGCGCCGACCGAUGCGAUGUCGAAAUGAUUGACGAGGUGGCCGAGUACGUCGCUAGGGAAUCGCUACAGAUCUUUGGUCCUACCAAGCAGCCACGCCUACGAUUAUCGUUCCGUAACGAAGUCGAGGUGGAUCACGCUGGCAUGUGCAAAAUCGCAACGCUGGAUGAUUAUGAGAAGUCGGUCAGACCCAGAACGUGGCAAGCUGUGAAACACUACACCGGUCUCAUGAAGGAGAAAAAGAUCCGGAUGGUGUUUUUCAGUGCUACUCCACAGGGCGGCGGCGUCGCUCUGAUGCGCCAUGCAAUCAUCCGUUUUCUGAAGCUCAUGGGUGUGCAGGCGGAAUGGUUCGUGCCCCGACCUAGACCAGACAUCUUCAGGAUUACCAAGAAUAAUCAUAACAUCUUGCAAGGCGUAGACACCACAACAAAUGUCAGUGAGGAAAAGCUACAAGACAUCCACGAUUGGGUAUCAAGCAACGCCACUCGCUUCUGGCUCAAGAAGAACGGACCACUCCUACCUCCUGACCAAGGCGGUGCCGACGUUAUCGUCGUUGACGACCCGCAACUACCUGAGCUGGUGAAAAUAGCGAAGCAACAAAGUCCCAAGCGACCUGUGAUCUUCCGAUCCCACAUUGAGGUCCGAGAUGACCUCGUGGAGCAACAAGGAUCAUCCGCAAAGAAAGUCUGGGACAAUCUGUGGGAGCGCAUAAGGGAGGCAGACGUGUUCAUAAGUCACCCAGUCCGCUCCUUCGUCCCGCCGCAAGUUGAUAUGGCCACAGUCGGUUGGCUUCCCGCGACAACGGACUGGCUGGACGGUCUCAACAAGGAUCUCGUCAAGUGGGAUACGCAGUUCUACUUCCAUCUCCUACGGCAGACAUGUCGGCAGCAGGGUGCUUCCGAGCUCGUCUGGCCGCAACGACCCUACAUUGCUCAAGUCGCUCGUUUCGAUCCUUCAAAAGGCAUCCCGGACGUGCUAAAGUCGUACUCCAGAUUCAGAGGGAUGUGCUCAGAGACCAAUGUUCCGACGGAGAACAUACCACAACUUAUUGUCUGCGGCCACGGCUCAGUCGACGAUCCCGAUGCCUCCAGGAUCUAUCACGCGUCCACAGAUCUCAUCAAGGAGAACUAUGACCACCUGCGCGAUGAUAUUGUACUCGUCCGCAUCGGCCCAAGCGACCAACUGCUCGACGCCAUUCUUUCCUCUGCUUCUGUCGUGCUGCAACUAAGCACACGAGAAGGAUUCGAAGUCAAGAUCUCCGAGGCCCUCCACAAGGGCAAGCCUGUCAUCGCAAGCCGUACCGGCGGCAUACCGUUGCAGAUUGAGCAUGGCAAAUCUGGCUAUCUGGUCAACCGUGGUGACACCGACGCCGUUGCGGAUCGAUUGGCAGAGCUUCUCAUCCAAGAGGACAGCAAAGAAAAGUAUGCGACCAUGAGUGCUUGUCAGCGAUGA